AUGCCAAAACUUCCACUCCCCCGCCUCACGCUCUUCACUGGGCAGCACUGCUCCCUUUGCGAGGUAGCCAAGCAAGAGCUUGCAGUGCUCCGCCAGACCCACCCCUUCGACAUCACCAUCUGGGAUAUUCGUUCCCCGCCGCCGUCUGCCAGCGAGGCCGACGCGCACCGCUGGCGCAGGGCGUACCAGUACGACAUUGUACCCCGUACUCCAUCUCGACGACACCUUGCUCCAGAAGCACCGCAUAGACUCGGUCGCCCUACAAAGCGCACUGGAGAAAUGGAGCGCAGCACGGCGUCUGGAGGAGACGCAGGAGCGCCAGGAGUAGAGGGGCCAGCCCGCCCCUACGUGCCCACAGCCUACAAGCCCUACCGGUCCCUGCUCGCCAACAUGGCCGACUUCGUCCUCGACCCGACCGAGCACUCCCGCGUCUUCCUCCCUCCGCGAGAGGGGCCGCCGCGCCCUCCCUGGCGCCGCAAGGUCGGCCAGCUCUGGUUCGAAGGGAUCAUCCCGGACCUCAAGUUUGCCACCGUUGCCGAGGAGGACGAGUACGCCGCGACACAAGAGCGGGCGUGGGCGGCUGCGGCCGACCCCCAGGACUGGGAAGAGGUCCUCAACAACAUUGACGAAUCCGGGCCACCCGAGAAGCUGUACACAAUUGACAGCUACGCCCGCCGUGGGCCCAUGACCAGGGAGGAAGAGGCCGCGCUCCAACCCGACCCAGCUCAGAAGAAGCAGUCGAAGUCAAACAAGCGCGCCGCAAAGCGGAGGAUCGAGAAGGCUGCUGCUGCCAAUGCUGCUGCGACCAAGGAGGCCGGUGUUGCCAAGGAUUCUGCUGCUGCUGCCAAGGAUGCCGCCGCCGAGGCCGCUUCUGCCAAGGCCGCUGAGGCUCAGCGCAGGCAGGACAAGGCAGACCGCAAGGCGGCUAAUAAGGCCGCUGACGAGCAGCGCAGGAAGGAGAAGGCGGAGCGCAAGGCUGCUUCCGCGAAAGCCGAAGAGCAACGUCGCAAGGAUAAGGAGGCGCGCCGGCAGCAGGCGGAGGAGGACAAGAAGGUGGCCAAGCGGCAUAUGCAGUGCUUCAACUGUAGUGAAGUUGGACACCACCUCAACCACUGCCCCAAGCCGAUCGACAUCGAUGCCGUGGAGGCGAACAAGAAGGCGAGGUCGCAGAGUGGCGGCAUCAAGAAGGGCAAGCACGAGCAAAGCACCGCAUCCCAAGCGGCGACGGAACGGAACGAGCCGUUGGGCAGCGAUGACGAUCCUCGCUCGCUCGCGCACAGCACCAGUAUUGCUGGCCCCUCGUCUGGGAGUCCAAGCAACCGCCUGAAGAUCGACCAGGGCGAGUCGAAGCCGAGCGGAGCCCUCUCCUCUCUUCCAACCAGCGGCACGUCCGACACUCCUGCCACGAGCACCACCCCUCCCGUCACCAAACCUGCACGCCGCUUCCCCACCUGGAAGACAGCCAACUAG